GAAAAGCAAAAGAUUGAAAAGGCUGGCUUAGAGAUGAAAAACUUAACUUCGGAAAUGAACGCAGAAACCGAAAAGUACCUGUCUGAAGAAAAUGAUAGCGAUAUUGUCCGGCGAACACAGGGAAUGUCCCAAAUGGCUUUCUUAGUUUACCAGUUCACGAGGGGAGAGGGGGAUCUUAAAACCACUCAAGAUCUAUUUACCCAAGCGGAGUUAUUUGCCGAGGAAGCUAACAGGCUGUAUAAAGAAGUUCGUCAAUUUUCAUAUCAGGUUCCAGGUGGAGCUCAAAAAAAGGAACUUCUGGAAAACCUUGAUAAGGUCCCAACCUACGUUCAACAGCUGCAAUUUACAGUUAGGAACCCUACAGUGGGUAAAGCAGCAACCUUCACCAAGGUUGAUAACGUGAUUCAAGGUACAAAAAACCUAAUGAAUGUAGUGUCAAAAGUAGUUACCACAAGCCUUGUAUGUGCAUCAAAGUUUAACCUGGAAUUCAGAGGGUCUUCCAGUUGGUCCGGAAGUGCCUCGGCCUAUCGAGGCGACCCUGACGAGUGCGGAUAUGGAGAUGCUACUGGGUGUAUGCCCCCUAGAGGUGGAGGGACAAGUUCUUCUGAUCCGAACAUCUGA